GUGCCCAUGUCCCGCUUCGACGCCAGCACCCACAUCCCUCCUUUGUGCGGUUACAGCCGGCUGGCCGCGCAGCCUUGCAGCCCUCAUUCGCCCGCGCCCUGACCGGUCAGAGUGGUAGGACAACCACCGUGUCUAUACCAUCAUGCAGCUCCUGACGUGCGCCCGCAGGCCCACCCACGCCCGGCAACGAUGCGCCCAACCCCGUCGACGAUGCCACCGAACAAGCCAACGAAGAUGACGGAGGGAAGUGGCACAAGUACAAGGGCACGGCGUUCAAGAUGUUCGAAGCGGCCGCGACCACGGGCGCUUCCAUCCUGAUCCUCGGCAUAGUCGGCUACAGCUACACGCGGUACUACAAGCACAAUGUGCUGUCCAAGAUGGAGAACGCCUUUACCCCCGGCGAUCCCGUCCUCGAGCUGGCCGCCGUCGGCAAGGAAGUCCCCAAUGCGCCGCACGCGAACGUCUCCGUACCGGGCUCUGAGGACGGGGGCGAGUACGAUCGCUGGAUACCCCGCGAGGAGCAGGCACGCAUCGAUAGAAUCAUGUGCGGUGAAGAGAAGGGCCGCUACCAUCUGCUCAUCGGCGAGAAGGGCACCGGAAAGAGCUCCAUGCUGAUCGAAGCCAUGUCAAAGAUAGAUGGCGAAGGAGUGGCUAUGCUGGAAGCCCACGCUGAUCCUGAGAUCUUUCGCAUCCGUGUGGGACGCGCCCUAGACUUCGAAUUCCACGAAGACAACAUCGGGGCCCUGUUCUCCAUCCGCGGACCGCGCGAUGCCUCCGCCCUUCUAGACAUCGAGCGCGCCUUCAACAAGCUCGAAAAGGUUGCAUUGAAGCGCCGUGCGCGCGUCGGGCGACCACUUGUCUUGAUCAUCAACCAGGCCCAUCUCAUUAGGGAUGACGACGACGGCCGCGACCUCAUCGAGCUCAUCCAGCAGCGCGCCGAGCAAUGGGCCGCCUCCAACCUCGCCACCGUCAUCAUAAACUCGGACAAAUACUGGGUCUAUGAGCGUCUCAAGCUCCACGCGACUCGCAUGGAAGUGACCCAAGUCUCGGACCUCCCCAAAGACCGCGCCAUGCAAGCCCUCAAAAACUACCGCAUGAAGUACUGGAAAGAAGCCACGCCGGAUUCGGUCCUCACUGAAGUCUACAACAAAAUCGGCGGGCGUCUCACCUUCCUCAACCGCGUCGCCAAAGCGCAGGACAUGAUCCACAAGUGCGACGAGAUUUGUGAAAUGGAGAAGACGUGGUUCCUGAACAACUGCGGCAUCCUCGGCAGCGAGAUGGACGACGACGUCAUGGACCAGCAGAAAUAUGCGUCCACGGCGAUGGUGCUGGCCUUCGCCCUCCACAAGAAAUACGAGGAGAUGGACAAGACAUACGACGACACCAUCGGCCACAUUCUCCCCGAGAUCCCGCUCCACCAGGCGCGCUACAUCAUGACGCGCGCAGACUUCAUCCGCCAGCACCACGAUCUCUCCAUCUUUGCGAUCGACCGCCACGCAAAGGUCCGCGCGGAUAGCGUGCCCAUGCAGCGCGCGUUCAACCAGAUCUGCAGCGAGCCGGGCUUCGAGAAGUUCCUGGAGGCGACGCUGGAUCGGAUCGGCGAUAUCGAGAGCUUGGGCCGCACGAAGGAGCUUACCUUCAAGGAUUUGUGGGAGGGCGGGAAGUACAAGAUUACGAGUAGGGACAGGAAGGGGAAUGAGGUUGGCGUGGUGGAGAUGGAGACGGUUGCGCCGCCGGAGAAGGAAGAUGAUGGGGAUGACAAGGACUGAUCGCUACCGAGUAGCAGAUCAUGCACAGGAUUGGGUUAUCUGGGCUGGGAAACGUAUCAUGUGCUCCAUGGAACGCGGCUGUAUGACCACGCUGUACGAUACGGAUGGGUCUGGGCGGGAUACGUCGGUUUCGGUUGGAG